CCUCAUCCGAGCUUCUAUUUCAAGACAAUUGGGAGUAGUAGUAGCCCGUCAAGCUUCAAAUCGUGAGUGCAAUUGGGUUUUAAUUGUGCAACCUCCAGACUGACACUCUUGGUUGCCAGGACAAAUGUUGCCACGCAUUGCCUUGGCCCUUCUCGCUGGCCUAGGCUUCGUUACGGCGGCAAUUGCAGACACAUACUGUAGCACUGACGUCCCCUGUGAGAUCGGCUGCUGUGGCAGAAACAAUGUCUGUGGCCUCGGUCCAGAUUACUGCGCUGAAGACAAGUGUAUCAGUAACUGUGGUGCCAAAGCCGAGUGCAAUCCCGGGCAUUGGGCAGAUAAAUACGUUAAUGCCACCACAUGUCCACUGAAUGUGUGCUGCAGCGACUUUGGCUUUUGUGGAACCACUGAAGAGUUCUGCGGGAACAAAACAGUUACCAGACCGUCGUAUGAUCCCCGAAGCUAUCCCACAGGGUGUCUACUCGCAUAUCUACUUCGCUUUGUAAGUAUCGAUCCGGACACCUUUGAGGUCAUUCCAGCUGUCCAGGGAGAUAAGCAGCUCUAUCCGCAACUGGAGGCCCUCCAGGCCCGGGACCUUGGUCAAGAGCUUUGGCUCUCCAUCGGUGGCUGGGAUUUCUCUGAUGAUGGACAACCAAUGGUCACUACCUUCUCGGACCUUGUAGGCGCCGACACAAAGAAGCAAAAUGUGUUCUUCUCGUCACUGACCAACUUUAUGGCCACCUGGGGCUUUACUGGCGUCGAUAUCGACUGGGAAUAUCCCGCCGCUGAUGACCGGAAUGGCCGAUCCUCGGAUUACAAGAAUUUCCCCAAGUUCAUGUCCAAUUUGAAAAAGGCCAUGUCCAAUUACCAGUUCGGCCUCUCCGUCACACUACCCACCAGCUACUGGUCAGUUGACUGGUUCAACUUUAUGAGCUAUGACCUGCACGGUACAUGGGACAUGGGUAACAAGUGGACCGGGGCCUACCUAGAUGCACAUACCAACUUGACGGAGAUUAAGACCGCCCUUGACCUCCUGUGGCGGAAUGAUAUUAAACCGUCCAAGGUAAACAUGGGAAUGGCUUUCUACGGCCGCAGUGUCACUCUGGCCAGCCCCAUUACGGCCGGGGUCCUCUUCAACAAUGAGAUUAGCCAGAUUAUCAACGAAAAUGAAAUUACCCCGAUCCUUUACAAGGAUGCGGCUGUGAAGACGAUCACCUGGAACAACGACCAAUGGGUGUCGUAUGAUGACGAGGACAUCUGGAAGCUCAAGGCCGAGUUCGCUAAGUCCCAAUGUCUCGGUGGUGUCCUGGUUUGGUCCGUCGAUAAUGAUGACAGCAAUCACACAUACUCCACUGGUCUGGCGGCAGCUCUCGGAAUAAAAUUAACGAACAAUGACAAAAGCCAAGACCAGUACUGUCGCUUCACUAACUGCGGUGAGGUCUGUCCCAGCGGGUUCACUGAAGUCGCUUGGGCCGACAAGAAGAAGGACCUCAUGUUGGACUCAACGACAUGUCCACCAGGCAAAAGCCAGACACAAACACUCUGCUGUCCCACCUCCACAGAGGCCCCAACUUGCCGGUGGCGAGGCUUUCAUAACAAUGAAUGUCAGUGGACUGAAAGCUGCCACGAUGAUCUGACAUGUCCAGCGGGUUAUGCCAAUUUUGUAUCCGGAACGAAUUACAACUACUGCUGCAAAGGUGACACUGGCCCUCCAGAUAUCUUUACCAACUGCGAUUGGCAUGGCCACGGGGUGACUUUUCCGAAUGAAAAGUAUUGCAGCACCAACUGUCCAGCGGGCUCGACCCGCGUUGCCGAGCAGGUAAUCAACACUAUGUGGGGGAAGAAGCAGACAGCAAAUACGGAAGAUUGUUUGUACGGCAAUGAGGCAUAUUGUUGCUCUGGCGCGAAGAACGCGAGCUUCAGCAGCUUUGCCAGGAGAGACCUUAGCUCACCCGAGAAGCCCACAGACCAGGGUACGGUCCUCACGUAUCUGCUGCCUAUCAUGGCGGUAUGGAUUACCUCUCAAUUUCCGCGAGAAGACCUGAGCCGGAUCUGGAAGAAUCGUACCACUGAGUACGGGUACAAGAAUGAGGCCGCCAAUGUCACCACCAUAGAAGCAGGCAUCUACGGCGCUGUGGACAGUUGGACCGGAACUCCACUAUAUAGUCCAAACCCCUUGUUGGUUCAAACUCUUUGCAACAUUGCCGAGUCCUCGAAAGGGAUACAAAGACUGGUCGCCGCUACUGACGUCCUCUGUUUGGAUGGGGAUUAUGAGCCGGCCAGAUCAUCAGCUCUUUCCACGCGAGCUGUGACUGUGUUAAGCAUGGACGAUUGUUCUGCUAACGGCAACCAGCCGACAAUCUCAUUGAUUAUCAAUGGUAUUCUGAACGGUGAACUGAGCCUUCACUAUUUGAGGUGGAUUAAUGCUCAAGGCCGCCAGGGCCACACGCACGGCACUGACCGCUGGAUCGUUUUCCAUCUCCAUAUCCAACUCAAUCGACGGACUUUCUACGAAAGAGCGGACACCUGGGUCCCAGGAGUCACUACGUUGGAUGUCUAUCAUAGCCAGACUAUCACACGGCCUUCGGUCGUCACUCGCGGUCGCCGAGCUGAUUUCCGGGCCCAGUAUCAAUACACAAGCUCGUACGCCAGAGGGAGCUUCAAUAACGGCGACCUGCAGAAUUAUAAUGCACGCAGUGCCGCCAUCGCUUGCCCUAUCAAUGGCAAUCGACGGUGGUAUGUAGGUGUGGGCCGGGCAGAUGCUAUUCGAGAGCUCGAGGCAGGCACUUCGUUGCCCACUGGUUAUGCCGAGUUACUGAAUAGUUUUGGCCUCUGGAUGCACCAACAAGGUAUUUUCUCGGAAAGGAACUUACGCAGAAUAUUUCCGAACCUACCGACGCGUGAUUCCGGCUUUCAAGUUCUAAUCAAUGCCGCGGAUUACUUCCAUCCCGAACCUGGUGCAUUUGACGAGAAUUGGAUGCCAGAUGGCUCUCGGGCGCCACGACUACCACAUAACGACGGUUCCAAAAUGUAUGAGACCGAGUAUGGGGAACUUCUGGCUGAAAUGGUUAAGGCGAAUGAUAAAUGGAUGGUACGACAAUAUAUCGAGAUACAUCCGAAGGCCGGACUGUAUUCCUCCGAAUCACUAGACAUGGACGUAAUUUUUAUCGCUUGCGAGUAUGGAAGUCUCGAUACGCUUCGUGUGCUUCUGGACCAUUAUCACACGCAUAUCGAUUCCCCUGACACAGAAUCACUCGAACAGGGAGGAAUCUCGUUGUUGGGAAUAGCUUGUCGGCUUGCUCAGCUUGACACAGUGCGCUUCCUGUUGGACAGCCAGCCACCGCUGGGGACGGUUGAACCUGGGGAUGGUUUGUGUGAGACAGCACUUCUGUCUGCGGCCACCUCCCUUUCCGAUGUCGGGUUCGAUUGGGAGCGGUGUCAAUUUCCUGAGCGGAGCUGGGUUCGCGACAGUGUUGCACGGAGUGAGGCUUUGAUUCAUCUCCUCCUGGACAGGGGCGCUUCUGCGCGUGAUGCCAGUUAUCAGUUGGUGGCACGUCUGAUUAAUGCAGGGGCUGAUGUACACCGAAGACAAAUGCCCCUGAACCAAAUGAAUAAUUAUGGGGGUUCAGACCUGCCUCGAGAUGUCACCGCUCUUCACCGUGGGGGCCUUUUUUGGAACGCUCCGGGGAUUCGAGCCUUGCUAGACCAUCGAGGCAGCAAUGCUGACAUUGCAGAUAUGGUAUCGAUACGUGAUAGCGAUGGACGACUACCACUGCAUUGGGCUGCUAUGGGACCCGACCCGUUGGCCGAAGACAUGUUACUGGAGAAUGAAGUUCUUCCCCGGAUUGUCGAUACAUUCAAGCUGCUCUUGGAAGGCAAGCAGAGCACCGUUAACAUCCAGGACAACUUGGGACGAACCGCCUUAUUUUACGCAGUCAGUGCUCAUGCCAAGUGCAUCAGCUCGCAUUCCUAUAUCCUGGCCCGUUUUCUAUGCGAACACGGGGCGGAUGCAAGUUUGGCAGACACCGAUGGAAAGACCGUACUCCAUGAAUUGGCUCUGGCCUCCCACGCAGGUGACCCCAUGAAUCCUGCCCUGUUAGAUCUCAUGUUGUCGCAUGGGGCAGGUAUUAAUCAUGCCGAUAUAGAUGGCAGUACUGUCCUACAUUUGAUGGCAAAGAAUCUGCGGCAGGUUAACGCCACUAGCUUUCUGAUCAGCCGGGGCGCGGAUGUCAAUGCCAGAGAUUCACAAGGGAACACGCCACUCCAUACAGCGACGAUGACAGGGGUCUACUUCGCUCGCCUGACUCGAGAAGGGAAAACAGAGCGUACUACACCAGAUGAACGGAUAAAAUUACACGAAGAGGUGAUUGCAAUCUUGUUGGAGGCUGGAGGCAGCAGCUUGAUGGAUCAACCGAAUGCUGCAGGCAAAUCCCCACGACAGCUACUUAAGGAGACCAGGUCCAGGUGGUAUAUGGAUGAGGAGCGUAUGAGACGUAUCAAUGCGGAGCGGGCUUCUUAUCCAGAUUUUUAG